AUGCCACCCGCGCGAGCACCCAUUCGCUGGCCAGAGACGCAGGAAAGAUGGUCGCGACUGCAUGUCGACUUCGCGGGUCCGAUCCAAAACAAGAUGCUUUUUGUCGUUGUGGACUCUCACAGUAAAUGGAUUGAGGCCAUUCGCCUGGCUCACACGACCUCGCGCAACACAGUCAAUGCCCUGCGAACGCUGUUCAGUACAUUUGGUCUGCCACACACAGUAGUGUCUGAUAAUGGCACGCCAUUCACCGGAUGGGAGUUCAACGAGUCCUUGCAACAGAACAGAGUAGUUCACGUGCGGGCACCCCCCUACCAUCCACAGAGUAAUGGACUCGCUGAACGUGCGGUACAACCCAUCAAAGACGGACUAAAGAAGUGGGGGGACGCAGACUUGUCAAAGACGCUGGCUAGAACACUGUGCCGCUAUAGAAACACGCUGCUUACGUCCGGGCGCACAAGAUCAGAAAUGUUGUUGGGUUACCUGCUCCGCACCCGAUUAGACAUGUGUUUUCCUCCCAGGAGCCGAGCAACAGGGCAUGUCCACCCUGCUGACAGCGCCGGGUGGAACUUCGCACCGGGAGAUCCUGUGUACCUUCGCAAUUACGGCCGUAGUGACAAGUGGACACCUGGGAAGGUCCGGUCAACCUCUGGUGCACGCAUCUUGCCUGUCGACACGGAGAAUGGACUUGUUCACCGGCACAUAGACCAGCUCAGGUGGAGAAGCAUCGAAGAACCGUCGAGUCUAGAGGCUCUCACUAGCCCCCAGAUAAGCCCGGACCCUCCAGUACAAGACUGCGAAGCUCCAACGGCUACUGGCCCCGGUCUUCCGGGCCACCCGCCCCCAGAGCUAAGACGUUCCACACGUAUCAAGAAGCCAGUGGAGCGUUAUAGAUUCUAA